CUUUAUUUGUGAGCUUGAGAUUUAUAGGCGCGCGCGGUACACACAGUAACCAUGCUUGUAGGUUUCGCGUUAUGGCUAGCGGUUUUUCUUGUCUAUUCAUGCACAUGUUUAUUUCUAUGAUUGCUUAGUUAGUAAGUGAUUUAUGAAAAUGUCGGUUACUCACUGGGAAGUAAACUAUCAUUAUGAAAGAGGGCUAAUGAUAUGAAAAUUGCUACAGCUGUACAUGGUUGGUAAACACUCAUUCACGAGCUGAAAGUGUAUUGUUCUAUCAUGUUAUCAUCUCAGAGGUCUGUACUUCUGUUUACCGUGAUUUGUUGCAAAUCAAAUAGCACUUUCAUCGUGUUUAUUUGUAUUACAAUGAAAGCUCGAUUGCCCUGUUGUAGAAAAGGGUCAAAACCCUUUUUUAAUGGCCUGUUAAAUAAGCCGGUAACCAAAUACAUAUAUGUUUUGCAAUAGGUGGGAUAUUAGCCAUUACUCAAAAUAAACUGGUUUCGUUGUGAAUGGGUUUCCACAUCUCACUGUAUUCAUUUUGACAUUAUUGGAUGUGUGAACCCAUUGUUGUUUGUUGAUGUGCAUUGCUUGAAAGUGAAGUUAGUCGUUAGGGAAACUCCGUGUGGGCGAAUCACUGAAACAUUUGUAUUCCACCAACAUCUUUUUAGAAUCUGAAACAAUGUAAAAGUAGAUUUAUUUACAGCUCAGUUCAUAUUGUGAUUACCUGUUUUUUGCAUCUAGUUUGUUAUCUACAAGGUAGAAUAUUUAUUUUUUGGUGACUUAUCAUAAGUAACUUACUUCUUCCUGGGUUCGACGCAACACUUUUGGACAUAGUCAAGUCAAAUAAAAGGUGUCAUGGAUCAGUGUUAUUGUAGCAACGGCGUCGUACUUGUAUGUUUUGUGGUACCUUUUUCUGAGGCUCCUACAUCACGUGCUGUCAUCAACAAAAAUCACAUAAAAAUCAACUACAGCAGUGGUUUCUGACAGUAAUUGUCAGUAAACUUUAAAACAGUUUAAGCGUCAGAUAAAACAGCUGGAUAAUCAAUAGCUAAAAUAUUUUGUUCUCAGUCUAUGUACUUAAGUUGAAUAUUCAUCCCAUACAAUGUCUCGGGAUAUCCUGACACAUUUUUUCAAGUUUAUAUGUUUCUUUUUGCUCAUUCUAUCCAAACUUUUGAUUAUUAGAAUUUCAGCUCAGGUGGGUACUUUUAUUAAUGUUGAGUUCUACAAGCUAGUUACUUUUCUGUAUCUUCCUAGUAAUGUAUUGUUGUACAGUAGAUGUGGCUCGCAACACAGCACACAAAAUCUCGCGAACUAAGCUUAAUAAAUGAAAGAUGUUCACUUCCAAGUAAUCUGACCGUGAUCAACAUGUAACCAGUCUGUUACCUCAGGCCACAGAAACAUUUUUGUAGUAUAAAUAACUGUGCAUUUAUUUGUAGUUUCCCAUCAUUACACCAACACAUUUCACUUCUUUACAGCAACCAGCUAGGAUUAUUCUUCUGAAAGAAGGCACUGACUCAUCACAGGGUAUUCCGCAGAUAAUAAGCAAUAUAACUGCAUGUGAAGCAGUUUCUGAUGCAGUCCGUUCCACACUGGGUCCUCGUGGAAUGGAUAAGCUUAUAAUAGACGAUAAAGGAAAGGCCACCAUAUCGAAUGAUGGAGCAACAAUCUUAAAGCUUUUAGAUAUCGUUCAUCCUGCCGCACGUACGUUAGUCGAUAUUGCGCGUGCCCAAGAUGCCGAAGUUGGAGAUGGGACAACAAGUGUCACACUUUUGGCGACCGAGUUUCUAAAGCAAGCCAAGCCAUUCCUUGAAGAAGGAGUCCAUCCAUCUGUUAUUAUUCGGGCAUUUCACCUUGGUGAGAAGAUGGCAUUAAAGCGAUUAGAAGCCAUAGCUUGUCGAAUUAAACAAGAGAAUCCUAGCGAACAACGUGCUCUAUUGGAAAAGUGUGCGUCAACUGCCUUAAGCUCUAAGUUAGUAGCUGGACAUAAACAGUUUUUCGCCAAGCUGGUCGUUGAUGCUGUUAGUUUGUUGGAUUCAUACCUACCUCUGAAGAUGAUUGGAAUCAAAAAGGUUUCUGGUGGAGCAUUGGAAGAUUCACUUCUAAUUGCAGGUGUAGCGUUUAAAAAAACUUUCAGUUAUGCUGGCUUUGAAAUGCAACCCAAAUCUUAUAAGUCACCGAAAAUUGCACUUUUAAAUAUUGAAUUAGAAUUAAAAGCCGAGAAAGAGAAUGCCGAAAUUCGUGUCAAUUCGGUGGAGGAGUACCAGAAAGUAGUUGAUGCUGAGUGGCAAAUUCUUUAUGAAAAACUGGAUAUUUUAUAUAAAAAAGGGGUUCAGAUUGUUUUAUCCAAAUUACCCAUUGGAGAUGUCGCUACUCAGUUUUUUGCUGAUCGUGAUAUGUUUUGUGCUGGUCGUGUACCUGAAGAUGAUCUCAAACGUACUCAAAUGGCUUGUGGUGGAAGCGUUCAAACAACUGUUCAUGGACUUUCAGAUAAUGCUCUUGGAACUUGUGAAUCUUUUGGGGAAAUUCAGAUUGGAUCAGAAAGAUUUAAUAUAUUCGAAGGUUGUCCACAAGCCCAUACUUGCACAAUUAUUCUUCGUGGUGGAGCUGAACAAUUUAUGGAAGAAACUGAAAGGUCACUGCAUGAUGCUAUCAUGGUAGUUCGAAGAGCUGUUAAAAAUGAUGCAUUUGUUGCUGGCGGUGGAGCUGCCGAAAUGGAACUCAGUGGCUAUCUUCGCAAAGAAGCUCUUCGAAUUGGUGGGCGUGAACAACUAUUAAUAAGUGCUAUGGCUAGAGCUUUUGAAGUUAUCCCUAGACAGUUGUGUGAUAAUGCUGGGUUGGACUCAACUAUUAUUCUAAACCAACUGCGUCACAGUCAUGCGAAAGGCGAUGUUUGGUAUGGCGUUAACAUAGAAAAAGAGUGCGUAUGUGACAAUUUUGAAAGUGGCGUCUGGGAGCCAGCACUCGUGAAGAGCAAUUCCAUAAUAUCAGCCACUGAAGCGGCUUGUCUUUUGUUAAGUGUAGACGAAACGAUCAAAAAUCCGGAAUCAAAGGGGGCUGAAGAUAAUACGCCUGUUCGGCCUCCUGGGAUGAGGCAUUAAAGCAUUGUUCAUGUUGUACUUUUAAAAUGGAUGGGUUGAAAUAAAUCAUUGUUUAUC